AGGGAUUUACGCGGCUCUCGGUGGCGAAGGCGGCUUUAGUGGCAACAUGAAGCGCUCACAGACCGCGGAGGAACGAGAGCGCGAAGCUAAGAAACUGAGGCUUCUUGAAGAGCUUGAAGACACUUGGCUUCCUUAUCUGACCCCCAAAGAUGAUGAGUUCUAUCAGCAGUGGCAGCUGAAAUAUCCUAAGUUGAUUCUCCGAGAAUCCGGCAGUGUGUCCGAGGAGCUACAUAAGGAGGUUCAAGAAGCUUUCCUCACCCUGCACAAACAUGGCUGCUUAUUUCGGGACCUGGUUAGGAUCCAAGGCAAAGAUUUGCUCACUCCGGUAUCUCGCAUCCUCAUUGGCAAUCCAGGCUGCACCUAUAAGUACCUGAAUACCAGGCUCUUUACCGUCCCCUGGCCAGUGAAGGGUUCUAAUGUAAACUAUACUGAAGCUGAGAUCGCUGCCGCCUGCCAGACCUUCCUCAAGCUCAAUGACUACCUGCAGAUAGAAACCAUCCAGGCUUUGGAAGAACUUGCUGUCAAAGAGAAGGCCAACGAAGAUGCCGUGCCAGUGUGUAUGGCAGAGUUCCCCAGGGUCGGUAUGGGAUCAUCCUAUGAUGGACAAGAUGAAGUGGAUCUUAAGAGCAGAGCAGCAUAUAAUGUAACUCUGCUCAAUUUCAUGGAUCCUCAGAAAAUGCCCUACCUGAAAGAGGAGCCUUAUUUUGGCAUGGGAAAAAUGGCAGUGAGCUGGCAUCAUGAUGAAAAUCUGGUGGAAAGGUCAGCGGUGGCUGUGUACAGUUAUAGCUGUGAAGGUUCUGAAGAUGAGAGUGAUGAUGAUUCUAAUUUCGAAGGCAGAGAUCCUGAUACUUGGCAUGUUGGUUUUAAGAUCUCGUGGGACAUAGAGACACCUGGUUUGGCAAUUCCCCUUCACCAAGGAGACUGCUAUUUUAUGCUUGAUGAUCUCAAUGCCACCCACCAACACUGUGUUUUGGCUGGUUCACAGCCUCGGUUUAGUUCCACCCACCGAGUGGCAGAGUGCUCCACGGGAACCUUGGAUUAUAUUUUACAGCGCUCCCAGGUGGCUCUGCAGAAUAUCCGUGAUGACCUGGAGAAUGGCGAUGUCUCUUUGAAAUCCUUUGAGCCUGCCAUUUUGAAACAAGGAGAAGAAAUUCACAAUGAGGUCGAGUUUGAGUGGCUGAGACAGUUCUGGUUUCAAGGCAGUCGAUACAGAAAGUGCACUGACUGGUGGUGUGAACCCAUGUCAAAGCUGGAGGGACUGUGGAAGAAGAUGGAGAGUGUGACAAAUGCUGUGCUUCGGGAAGUUAAAAGAGAGGGGCUCCCCGUUGAACAAAGGAAUGAGAUCCUGACGGCCAUCCUUGCCCCGCUCACCACACGCCAGAACCUGAGGAGGGAGUGGCAUGCCAGGUGCCAGUGCCGAAUCGCCCGAACUUUACCCGUGGACCAGAAGCCAGACUGCCGUCCAUACUGGGAAAAGGACGAUGCCUCCAUGCCUCUGCCCUUUGACCUCACAGACAUCGUCUCAGAACUCAGAGCGCAGCUUCUGGAAGCAAAGCCCUAGAAGGAGCACAGUCUUAGGUGGAGAAGGAGAAGACAUCCUUGGCUUCUCUCCCGCAACCUUAUCACGGGCGUGGGCAAAGUGUAGGCCUCUCUUGGCCCUCAGGUUGUAGAACCUGAGUCCCAAUUCAAAACAGCUAGGGAAUGGAGCCCGUGAGUAGUAAGAUGUUGAAAAACAACAGUGCCAUAGUCCAAUUUGGUAUUCAACAAGAACUUCCCCCCAAAACCUUGGCCACUUGGGAUUUUUUUCAUAGGAGACUGUUAGCCCCGAAGGGCCAAAGGAGGUAGCCCAACCUGUGACAGAGCCUCACCUCCUUUCCUCCUUCACCAGCCUCCUCAGAGAUGUAGAGUGGGCCCAGUUGUCUGGGGAAAGACAGAACUUAGAGUUGUCCAUCCCAGUUCCUCACCAUGCCCCCUAGAGGUGUACCAUCCAAUAUGGCAGCCUCUCGCUGACUGUGGCAUCUCAAGUUUAAGUUCACUUUUCAUUACAAAUUCAGUUUCUCAGUUGCCCUCACCAUAUCUAGUGCUUCACAGCCACAUGUAGCUAGGGACUAGUGUGUGGGGCAACACAGAUAGGAAUAUUUUCAUCACUGUAGAAAGUUCUCUUGGAGGAAGCGUUCACGAGCAGGUGUUCCCUUUUCCAAUUCCUUGUAGUUGCUAUUCCCACAGGAGAAUGAGAUUAAAAGAGCAACGACUCUAAAGAGUAGCCCCUUUCCCUUUUCAGAGAAAAAGCUCAGUGAAAUCCUGAGCUGUGACUCCUGCAUACCACAGUCAGGCAUGGGACAGUGUUACCCAUUAAAACAAAGCUGACAUCCCGUCUUUAGGGACUUUCCCUGAUCUGAUGACAGAGACCAGCCCAAUUUACAUUGCAUCAUGAAUUUAGCCAGCAUAGCACAAGUUUUUCUCUAAUCCCCCCAUGUGCAGAUAAUGAGCCUUGAAGAACCCCAGUGCUCCAUCCUAAUGACAUUGACACUACAGACACACCCGGGGGAGCAGAGGUUGAACCCGGCCUCUGGCUUCAGAGUGCCUGAAUUAAGACCCCCCCCCCACUACCUAUGUGGCCUCUGGCACAUUCUCCUGCCUCAGUUUCCUCAUCUCUAUAAUGGGGAUGCCAAAGGUGUCCGAUCCCAAGAUGAGUACUCAGUGACGUGAUCUAGCUGCAGACUUAGAUCAAUUCCUGGCACAUCAUUAAGUUCUAGAGUGUCGUUACGUAUCAGUAAGUGGACCUGGAUGUGGAUGUCUUCCGCUCCCUUUCUGAAUCGCUGUGCCAGUUUUUGUCUUGUGAUGCCAUCAUCACUUCUUUCCCUUUCUGGCUUGGCUCCUGCCCUUUGGUGUCCCCAGAAAUCGUCAGGAUAGUUAGCCCUCUCCUCGGCGUGUCACCUCCCCUCAUAGCCUUCACAGUAGUUUAGAAACUGGAGAACUUUGGCCCUGGAGAGGUGCACAGAGCAUAGCCCCCUGCCUUCAGGAUCUGAUGGAAGAAGGCACUCUGUCCCCUGGAGGUGGGAAAGUGAGACCGUCACGCUGAGACUCUCAGACCCUGGACUUAUUCCUCGGUGUCUUUGAGCCUCGGUUUCCUCAUCAGUAAAAGAGAUGAGAAAGGUGUUGACAGGGCCCCAGCCCCCGACCACCUGGCCCCUCUUUAUUUUGUCCCCUUGGUGUUUGUCCUUUGUUACAUUUCAUUAGGUGCCAAUACUUUUAAAUUGGGAGAAUUCGUGUAAAAUUCAAAUGUCUGCAUUCUCUUUAGAAUUUGGAGCACCUGCCAGUCCUAAGCCUGCUUCGCAGCAUGGCACCAGGCUAAGUGGCAGCGUCUCCCAGCUCUGAAGUGGGCGUGACCCCCUGUGGUUUGCAGUGGACCCUGUUGCUCCCUGUUUUCGUUUACUGUAAACCUGAUCUGCUUCGCCCCUCAUGUCCACGCUUUCCAAACCUGCUUGCUCCUACCCCAGUAGUAAGAAUCACCAAUGUUUAGUGCGUACCCCCAAAUUUGUGUAUCCUACCCAACUAUAUUCAUGAACUGCUUGUACUAAUCUGUUGUGUGCACCAUUAAGCAUUCAUAUACAAUAAAGAUAUUAAAAGGAUAAGACA